AUGGACUCGAAGUGGCUAGGUGGCUGGCGCAAGCAGCCAGUAUGCCAUAGGACGCGCCUCUUCCGCUUUCUUCUCAUCGGGAGCGGCCUUAAUGCCUUCCGCGCUUCGUUCAAUACGGUCUGCGCAGAGAGGGGGAUUCCGUCCACUCUCGACGCGCUCGGUCAGCUCGACCUCGAGGAUAUAGACAAGGUCCUUAAGUCGGAGCUUGGUCCCCUCUAUGUCGGGAUUCCUCGUUUCCUCGAAACAUACUUUGGAGGCAUAGCAGGGCUUGACGUAACGUCUAAGGCAAUUUUCAAGAAGUGCACGGAAGGUAGCAAUCCGCUCUUCAAUGAAGGCGACGGCCACUGGCCCAGCCUAACAAGCCGGUUCAGGGUUCUACAGCAGAGUGCAAACUGGACGUUGGCUUUGGAUGACCCCGAAGCAGGAAAGGAUUCUCGAUGCCACUGGUCACAGAUCCUAAUACCCGGAGAGCUAAAGAGCAACCCGUCCGCUGACAAUCCAUCAAAGUCGUGGCUUGAUCUUGGGAGGUACGCUAGGGAAGUGUUCACCGCUCAAGACGCGCGUCGGUUCGUUUUGGGAUUUACUAUCUGCGGGUCUCUUAUGAGGAUAUGGGAGUUUGACCGCCUUGGAGGGAUCGCGUCCGAAAAGUUUAAUAUUAACAAAGACGGUUUGCAAUUUUUGUCUACGGUCCUUGGGUUUCUUUGGAUGAACGAGGAACAGCUUGGUUUCGACCCAACGAUUACUACGGAGGGCGGCCAACGGCUUAUAACGGUUAAGCGGAACGGUCAGACAGAACGGCUCGUCAUUGACAAAUUGAUGAAACGGGCACCUUGCAUCGCCGGCCGGGCAACGACUUGCUGGAAAGCACAUCGUGAAAACGACCUACGGAUCGAAUUUGUGAUCAAGGAUUCUUGGCAGUAUACAGAGCGUGAGGAAGAGGGCGAGCUACUGAGAGAGGCGACUGACAAGGGUGUGGUCAACGUUGCCCGGUACUACCACCACGAGACUGUAUUUGUCCGUGACAAAGUCGACGAGAUCCGGAGCAAUGUUCGGGGGGGCCUAAACAUUACGGAGGCGACAAAUUACCGGCCAGGACAACUAGAACUUUCGCCGGGUAUAACUGCGGUGGAUGCUCUACGGAAAGGCCACAACAGCACCGCUAGCCGUAAGCGGUCAUCCAGCCAGACUGGCACCUCUCUGCCGCCCAGCAAGCGACCCUAUUCGGCAUCCCCUACGAAGGCCGACAGAGGUGCCCUUCCAAAUCGGGUACAUAGACGUGUUAUCCUCCACGAUUAUGGAAAGCCUAUCUACAAGGCGAGGUCUCGAUCGGCCCUGCUUACUGCGCUUGAAGGUUGCAUUGAAGGACACAAGUCCUUACGCAACGCAGGUAUCCUCCACAGAGACAUCUCGAUAAACAAUCUUAUGAUCAAUGAAGACUACGGCAACCACUAUUGGCCUUCAUUCUUGAUUGAUCUUGACUUCGCCAUCAAAGAGCAACGAGAGCACGCCUCGGGGGCAAGGGGAAGGACCGGAACAAGAGCUUUCAUGGCCAUCGGGGCGCUUCUGGGCGAGCAGCACUCGUUCAUGCACGACAUCGAGUCAUUCUUCUGGGUGUUGUACUGGAUAUGCAUUUAUUGCAAUGGGCCAGAGGAGAGCAGGGUUGUUCCUGAGUUUGACCAGUGGAAUUAUAUCAGCACGGACUUGUUGGCAACGGAGAAAAGGGGGCAGGUGUCUCAUGAAGGGGACUUUAUCAGAGCCGCAGAAAAGAACUUUACACCCUAUUACCAGCCGAUGGUGCCCUGGGUCAACCGGUUACGGAAAGCUGUGUUUCCAAAUGGCGGGAGGUUGGAGAGGGAGGAUGAUGGAUUGUACGCCCGGGUGAAGGGGAUCCUUGAGGAAGCCCGCAAGGAUCCAAGGAUGUCGGAGGAGGGAUAACGUUGCGGAUUUGUGCGAUCGCUCGGGAUUACUGGGAUACUUCUAGAGGCAAUAAUAUGAGCGUGCUUUGGUUGUCUCUGCA